AUGACUAAUAGUACAUUAGAAAAAUCAUUGAAACAACCGAUUAUAAAUAUUGAAAAUCAUGAAAAUAAAACAGACAUUGAGAUUAAUGAUGAAAUUGAACAUUGGACAAAAAUAUUGAAUCAUAAUGUCAAUAAAAUGAAAAGAAGUGAGAAUAGUACACAUGUAACUGGAAAAAAUUCUUGUAUUGAAACUGAUUUUAAACGAGAAAUGAAACGUUAUUAUAUUGGUUUAAAACAAAAUCUUGAUAAAAUUGAUAGAAUACAAGAAGAAACUGCAAUUAAAAUGAAUCGUUUGUACAAAGAAUCAAGAAAAUUAGCUAGACGAGGUCGUAAUGAAAAGAAACAAAGUUUUAAAUUUUAUCGAAAACAUUCUAGUAAAUUUAAAAAUAAACUAAAGUCAACAAGAGAGACAGAAGAGGAAGAAAACGAUGAACAACCACAACCACAACAAGAACGAGAUUUAGAACAAAGACAGAAGGAUAAAGUAUUACAUGAUCAAAAUAAUGAAACAAUUUCAUUAGAAACGAAACUAACAAAUCAAUCAUCAGUGUUAUCCCCUUUUCUACCAGUUAUUCAUUCAAAUGAAAUUGUAUCAUUAACAUCUAAUCGGAAUACUACAGAAAGUAUUAUAAAAGACAUAGAAUUUAAACAAGGUCAGACCAAUACUGAAUUGAUUAAACCAAAUAUUUCAUCAUGGCUUGAAACAAUAAAUGAAGGGGAAGACAAUCCUAAUGACCAAGAAGCACCGAAACCUUCAAAGCUUGACACUCCACGCUCUAUACAACAUCUUUUACAAAGCAAGUACUCAAUUUGUGAAAAAAACCAGACUCGUCAAAGUAUCGCUUAUUCAAUUAUCAGACAUAAAGAAAAGCAGCUGUGUAAUUUGAAAGCAGCAUUAAGUGAAGCACCAAUAGCGUAUCUAUGGAGAGAUAAUGCAAAUAAAAGCACAACAAAAUUGAAAACAAAAUUAAUUUGUUCAAAAUAUAAGGAUAUCAAUUUACAAGCAAAACGUUGUCUUCCUGGUUCUAUUGGCGGUUUAUCAAAUUAUUUUCUGGAAGUUAUUGCUUUACCUAAACCUGCAUUGAUUCGUUUCCCACCACCGACUAGUAUGCAUCAAUAUACACGUAGAAAAAUAUUAGCAGCAGAAAAACAGCAAAUGCAACAAAAUUUAAAUAAAUUAAGUCAUUUAACUGAAGAAAUGAGAAGAGCUUUAGAAGGUCAAAAAUUGAUGGCUGCAUUAAAAUUCCUACUGGCUUCUACAAGCAACGAGAAAAAAUGA